CAUGACCACGCCGCCGCCGAAACCCACCCCGCCCCCACACGGCGUCCGCGAACGCAUGGGCUCGUACGCGCUCGCCUUUUCCGAGCUGAACGCGGCCGCGCGCGCAGGCAAGACGCCGCGCAGCCAGCGCGCGCUCCUCGCCUACCUCGGCGCGGAGGAGGCUGCGGGCCGCAUGCCCGCUGGCUUUGCGCGUGUGUACCGUGCAUAUUAUGGGGCUAGUGGGGUGCUCGCGCUCGCGGUCGGCGUUGGCGUCGGGUAUGCCGGAUACCGCUGGGCGACGGAGUCGCGGGAUUAA